CGGAUCUUGCGGAGCAGUCCUCUCCGACUCGCAGCAACCGAAUCAAAGAUUCAGAGCUCUCUCUCUUCUGAUUUCGAAUCAAUGGCCAAGGAAGCUUACGCCGCACGAAACCCAGAUGAGGUUCACACAGACGUGCUCUCCAAUGCCAGACAAGCUUGCUAUAAGGCACGGGACGCUUUCUAUGCGUGUGUGGAGAAAGAAUCGGACAAGAAGCAGACCGAAAUCGCAUCGAAAGGCCAGUUGUACGCAGCGGAAUGCAAAGCUUCGAGGGAGGAGUUUGUCAAACACUGCCGUACUUCUUGGGUGAAGCAUUUUGAUGCGCUCGACUGCAAGAACAAGAGUCUGAAGAGGCUUUUGGAUGAUAAGGAUUCGAGGAGAGGGGUAUGAAGCUUGACUUGGCCCCUGAAGACUGAAGGAAUCAUCCUGAUCGGUUCCUGGGUUCUUGUUCAAUUCAUUAUCUGGUGGGAGGCGGAGAUCUAUACUGGUUUUGAGGCUUGCAGAGGGGUGGUACCACUUUUGGAAGUUGUCAGUUUUUGGUGUCCAUUUAUGUUUGAAUAAGAAACAUUGGAGAAGAAAGGUGUCUAUACCUGCCAAAAUGUGCUUUUCGCACAAUUUUAUUUUGUAUUAAUUUGAAUGCUUACGUAGUUGGAAUACUUCUCUGUGGUUCUUAAGUUUGAUGUUCUUUACACACCUAAGAAAUCUAGGCAAUCGGAAGAAUUAAGGCGGUAGCAUGUGGUCAAUCCCAGUGUUCUGAUCGAAGGUAUCCAUGGAGAGAAUGUAGAGAAUUCCAGAGCCUAGUCGGUAUGAGAAGCCGAGGAUUUGCUGAGCCAAAACAGUCAGUAAACUGGUUAUGAUAAGAAAACUUCAAUUUGUUUACAGGUUUUUGAGACUUGAAACUGGAGUGGAGAUGCUUUGCUUAGUUUCUCAAUAGGGAAACUGGAUGAUGUGAUUAGGAAUGCAGUAGAAAAUCCUUCAUA